UCUACGCCUAACGCGCGAACAGGCGCGGUUUUAAUCUAACCAAUCAGCGAUGAUCCCACAAGCCGACGAACGUCACUUAAAGUGGCAACUAGACCGCGGCAUUCCUUCUACUGGAUUCCCCCUUACACGUGCGUCGCCGCUUUUAGAAAAGUUCUAUUUCGUUGGAGGACCAGCAGAUGGCGCUGGUUGACCAAGCCGGAACGCUAAUACACCGGGGAGCAGUGUCGGGAGUUCACCGGGGAGAAGACUGGCUGAAGAGGGGAUGAGAGAUGAUAUAAGAAUUGGUGGAAUAUAAGAGUAUGUCAUCUUCUGAUCAACUUGAGGAGCUACGGCGCUUAAAUAAGUGUCUCCUGGAGAAACUGAGUAUUAACCGGGAUGACCUUCACAAGCAGCUGUCCACCGACCGCCACGUCCGCAAUACGACCACUGAGGAACCAUCGCAGACCUCGAAACCUAAAACGACGCGGAAUGGAUGUGGGGAGGUCCCAAGAUGCUCGCUGAGAAGUCUGGAUCCAGCUCUGCAGACCACACAAGGUUCAUCCUCCGCUGCAAGGAAAGCCCUGUGUACCCCUAAGAAGUCCCAUCCUCAGGAGACUCGCCCAUUUGACAUGUCUGCUCACAUUCUGAAUCUCGAGGGAUCGGGACAUGGGGUCUGCUCCGAUCAGGGCAUUAUUAAGAUAGGCUCUCCAGUGAAACGCGUCAACAUCCUGAAUUCUACUAUGAUUAGCCCCAAAUCUGCAGAAAACUUUUCUCCUCAGUAUAUCGACCGGUUAGAGGAUGACGGGAACCUGAGGAACAAAGAAGCACAGACUCCAAAAUCUAUUCUCCUUACGCCAAACCGAAGCACCAAGAGAGAUCCGGGGCGCGUCACAUUUCUGUGCAAUGAUGAAUCCCCUCACCUGGAGACUCAGUGGUCUGCUCGCCCGCUGCUAGGUUAUGACUGGAUAGCAGGACUGCUGGAAGUGAAGUCCCCCAUCACCAAUAAAUCUGACCAGUUUUUCGCAGAGAUCGGUGAAUUCCGACGUGUCAACCAGGAGGAGUGCGCCCACGAGUAUUUUACUGGAUCAGGGGCACAGGAUUCAUUGGUAGAAGAUCUGGAUCUCUCGAUGGACACUCAUCAGUGUGUGUACUGCUACCGGGUGAACCAGCGGUUAUUUACAUCACCAAUGGGUGCAGAGCCCGCAUGUCCCAUAUGUAAGAAGCGCAGGGGCAGACGCCAUGUAUCCUUAGAAGAGCCUGCGUAUAUACGGGUGAGCAUUCCCCGGAGCACCCUGCUACCACCUUACAAAUACAGAGCCCACAGGAGAAAGAGCUUUGACCCUACGGACAGCCUUGCAUUGCCAUCGCAUUGUUUAGCCGGAUGGGAAAAUGCUGUGCCCUCGUGUAACCUCAAAGUCACCAGUCUGGACCUGAAGACCUCUGUAGAUCCAGAUUUGGUAUCUGCACCCACGACCAUUAAUGUGGGCACGGACAGUUCUUCUUACUACGCUUCAAGGGCAACAUCUGACAAUCUGCUGAAUUUGUCCCGCUCAAUCACCUUCCAUCACAGGAAUAUUAAGUGAAGGUCAAGUGGGAAGAAAACCUCGCUCAUUCCAAACAAGACCUUGUAUGAUUUCAGUGCAUCGUCUGGUUACAUCACUUGUAUCUUUGCCAGUUCUAUUCAUUUGUUACUCAGGUCCACUGUGGUCAAGGUUUAUUCCAAGACCUUAAAGGGGUUUUCCAGGAUUUUGAUAUUGAUGGCCUACUCUCAGGCACUUCUGCCAAUCAGCUAUUUCGUUGUAACUUCACAAUGGACGAUGCCAGAGCUACAGAGAAACCUCUGAUCAGCAGAAGUGCCCGGUGUCGAACCCCCACCGAUCAGAAAUUGACGGCCUAUCAAAAGGCUAUGGGACCAAAUGUAAAGGCAAAACAUGAUGUGACCUUAGCCGUACGUCUGAUUGCUCUCUACAUCCGAAUCCAGCCUAGCCAAUCUUCUGUGAGCUAAACCGUGCAGAUACCAGGCUGAUACAUUGUAGCAAACUAUCAAAACAGCCGAGGGAUUAGUGCUGUGCCUCAGAGGAUUGCCUAGACCAGAUCCACUCGUUCUUAACGGCCACUGUGAGAAGUAGUAGGUCUGUAGGGAUUUGCGGCCUCUGGAUGUCAACAAGUAUGUUUCCAUUUUCUGACAGCAAGUGGUGAUCUUGAAAAUGGUGAGGAAUUAUAUCAGAAAGUUGUAGAACUGUUCUUUACGCAAUGAAUAAACAUUAUAUUGACAAUAUUACCUUGAAGGGUUUCUCUGGGAAAGAUGACAUUUUGUCAAGUACCCGCAGGUCGCCUCUCUGAACAGAAGAUUCAUACUUGCCUGCUCCCUGCCAGUCCAGUUCUCUGGUGUCUCCAUGGUCCCUGCAGCGUUCAGGUCCGGGGCAGCAUGGACAUGU